AUGUUAGGAAAAUUUUUUUUUUUAUUUGGAUUAUUAUUCUUAGUAUCAAAUACCAUUUCAUUUGAUUGGACACAAAGAUGCAAAGAAUGCAAAAAUCAAAAAUUAGAUAUUUUAUGUGGUAGUAAUAAUAUUACAUAUGAUAAUAUUUGUUAUUUAGAAUGUGCUAACAAUAUUUCAAAAGUACAAUAUAAUGAGAUAAAAUUGCUUUACUAUGGUUCUUGUUGUUCACCACAUAAUUGUACAAUGGAAGAAGAUUAUAUUUGUGAUAAUUUAAAAAGGACACAUCUUAAUAGUUGUCAUUAUUCAUAUGCUCAAUGUAUUAAUGAACGUCUUAAAAUAAAUAAUAAUUUAACAAUUUCAUAUUUUGGAAAAUGUAUUGACAAGAAUGAAGAUGAAAUUUGUAACUACAAUUGUAUGAACAACAAAUAUGAACCACUGUGCGAUAACAAAAAUUCAACUCAUGAAAAUUAUUGUAAAUUUAAAUUAUUUAAUUGUCAUUUAAGACAACAAAAUAAAAUUGAAAGAGAAAUUGUAUAUUCUGGAAGUUGUAAAAAUAUUGAAAAUCUAAAUAUUAAUAAUGGCAAAAUUAUAACAUCUAAAAAUCCAACAGCAAAAAUAGUUUUAAAUAUUUCACCAAAAACAAACAAUUAUUUUAAUAGAGAUUCUUAUUAUUCAUUACCAAAAUCUGAAAAAAUUGAUAUAGUUAAUGAUUGUACAUUAGAUGAUUGUAAUAACAAUUGGGAUCCUGUAUGUGAUACAAAGAAUAUAACACAUAAAAAUGAAUGUAUUUUUAAUGUUUAUAAAUGUAAAAUAUUAAAACAGGACAAUAACUCAUUAUAUGAUAUAUCUAUUGCUCAUAAAGGUAUUUGUAAUGAAAGAAAAAUAUCACGUAAAGAUAAUAAUAUUGUUACUGAAAAUAUCUAUAAAAAUGAAUGCCUUACAUGUAAUGAUGAAGAUGGUAUAUUUCCUGUUUGUGAUAAUAAAAAUGUUACAUUUCCAACAUUGUGUACAUUAGCUAGAACUAAUUGUAUAAGACGUUUUCAAGGAAAAGAAGAAACAGUUCUUGUACAUAUUGGUAAAUGUAUGGAAUAUAGUCCUGUAUUUGAUUUAAAAAAUGAAAAAUGUCCGUCAAAUUGUUUAAAAGAAUAUAAACCUGUAUGUGAUACCAAUAAUAUGACUCAUCCUAAUUUAUGUAUUUUUCAAAUGUAUAAUUGUGAACAAAGAAAAAGAAAAAAUUAUAAUGUUUCAUGGUUAAAAUCAUUAAAAGCAUGUCCUGAAAAUAUUAUAGAAUCUUCAACAACAAUACUACCAUUAACAACGAUGGAAGUAGAAAUAUUAAAUGAAAAAGAGUUAGAAGAAAGUGGUAACAUAAUUUUAUGUCCACAUUUAACAUGUGGUAAUGAAACUUCAUAUAUUUGUGAUUCAGAAGGUCAAAUUCAUCAAAAUGAAUGUUUAUUUCAAAAGGCAAGAUGUAUUGCAGCACAAAAUAAUAUAGUUUUAAGACCAUUACCUGAUGAAAUGUGUAGAAAUGAAGAAUGUAUAAGUAAAGAAUGUGAUGAUGAAAUUGAUUACAUUUGUGGUAGUGAUUUUAAAACAUACAAAAAUUUAUGUGAAUUAGAAAAAGGUAAAUGUAGAAAUAAAAAAUUAGAAGCAUUAUUUCAUGGAGAAUGUGAAAAAUGUUUUAAAAAACAAUGUCCUGUUCUUGAGGAUUCUGAUGACGAUUCGUUUUUUGUAUGCGAUCAAAAUGCAGAAACAAGAUCACAAUGUGAAUUUGAAAUGCUUCGUUGUAUAUAUGAAAUAAAAUAUGGAUAUAAUAUUACAGAAGCAUAUAGUGGAAGAUGUUGUCCAAAUGAUGAUAGCUGUUCAAUUGAUCAUCAACCUGUUUGUGGUUCAGAUAAGCAAACAUAUAAAAAUAUGUGUUUUUUUGAAGUAGCAAAAUGUCGUCAUGAAAAAAUUAAUUCUUUAGGUUCUUUAAAUAUUUUAUCAGAACAAUCGUGUGCAAUAUAUUUUAAAGAAUUAAAUCAAUUAAAACCAAAUUGUACGAGAAUUGAUAAGAAUUGUUCAAAUGAUUAUCAACCAAUAUGUGGAAGUGAUGGAAUAACAUAUAUAAAUGAAUGCCAUUUUAAUAAAAAAAUUUGUACUGAAGGAAAAGAAAAUGAUAUUCAUCAACAAUAUAAUGGUGAAUGUUGUCAAUCAGCAGACGAAUGUUCUUUGAUAUGGAGACCAAUAUGUGAUUCAAAUAGAAAAACACAUCCAAAUUUAUGUUAUUAUGAAGAAAAAAGAUGUCUUGCUGAGAGGAAAAAUGAAAGAAUUCCUGAAAUAGAUUUUUAUCAUUCAUGUACCGAUAAUAACUGUGAAAUGAUAGAAUGCCCUCAAAAAUAUGAACCAGUUUGUGGAAAUGAUGGUAAAACAUAUAUAAAUGAAUGUUUUCUAAAUCAAAUAAUUUGUCAUUUCAACUCUACAAAUAAUGAAAUUUCAUCAAAAUUAUAUGUUGACUAUAAAGGAGAGUGUUGCAAAAUAAAAGAAAAAUGUCCAUUAAUAAUUGAUCCUGUCUGUGAUAGUAAUGGUACAACACAUAUAAAUGAAUGUUUUUUCAAUCAAGAAAUAUGUAAAAAAAAUAUGAAAAAUGAUAAAAAAAUAACAAUUGAAUAUAAAGGUGAAUGUUGUAAUGGUAAAUGUAGUGAAGAAAUUGAUAAACCAAUUUGUGAUGGUGAAAACAUUUACAAAAAUAUCUGUUAUUUUAGAAUGAAACAAUGUGAUUUAAAAAAGAUUGGUAAAGAAAUAUCAAUUGCAUAUGAAGGAAAUUGUUGUCCAAAAGAAACAAAAAUAUGUCCAGAAAAAGAUGAAGUAUGUGAUGAAGAUGGUAAUAAAUAUCCAAAUAUAUGUUCUUUUAAUAGAAACAAAUGUAUUCAAAAAAAAUAUCAUAAUAGACAAUUAAAUUUAUCAGCAAAAUGUUUAGAAACUAAUAUAACAAAUAAUUUUAAAGAAUUAUCAAAUCUGCAAAGUACAUAUGUAACAAAUAUUUCAACAACAACUAAUAAUGAAAUACAACAUCAAUCAAAUGAAAAUAAUGCAAACAAUCAAAAUUUACCAAAUGAAUAUUAUACAAAGCAUUGA